AUGCCGCCCCGGAAGGGUAGUCCCAAGGUGAAGACGGGAUGUCGGACAUGCAAAGCUCGAAAGGUCAAGUGCGACGAGACCAAGCCCAAAUGCAUGCGAUGCACAUCGAGUGGCCGGCAGUGCGCCGGCUACGAGCCGACGCUCGAACACGGCCUAUCGUGGUAUCGGCCUCAGCAGCUAACCGCUCACGACCAGCGUGAGGGCAGAGCCUUCCAGUUCUUUUCUCACAUGGUCGGGCCCGUCUUGUCGGGUCCGAUGGACACGUACUUUUGGACGCACCUAGUUGUACAGUUCAGCCACUUUGAGCCCGCCGUGCGUCAUGCCGUCCUGGCCAUUAGCUCCCUGUACGAGGAUUUCCACGACGGCGCCCGUGUCACGAGACAGAAGCCUGGAAACGAUUUCGCGUUGAGUCACUAUAGCGCGGCUAUCCAGAGAAUCAAAUCCGCGCAGGAUGAGCAGCUCGUGUUGCUGGUGUGUAUCCUCUUCAUCUGCAUCGAGUACCUCCAGGGCGACGUCGAGGCCGCGCUCCGGCACUGCAAGCACGGUAUCAUGAUCCUCAACCGGGUGGGCUGCUCUUCGUGGGCGCACGACUAUCUGAUGCCGAUAUUCCGGCGACUGAGCUUUGCCUCGUUCUUUUUAGGAAUAAAACCGUCCGCAGACGCUGCGGUACCGGGUCUGUUAGGAUUCGAAGUUCCGAUACCAGACAAGAUCGAGAGUCUGGGGGAAGCACAGAGCGCGAUCGACGACUUGAUGAUCCACGCCAUCCGAUUUGUAUCUGGCGAACCAACAGCCUUCGAUCGGCAGGAUCUCGAGACGCGGUUAGGCCAGUUCCAUGAAAAGCUCACCGAGUUUGACGACUCGUUACCUCAGACAGAAUCGGCGGCAAAGGUCGCGAUUUGCAGCAUGUUGAUGAGAUUUGAGAUGGCCAAGAUACAGAUAGAUACGAUUGGUGGCAAGAAGGAGACAAGAUUCGACAAGCAUGUCGAGGGUUUCCGCAGAACGAUAGAGCUGGCAAGGCGAGCGUCACAUCUGAGGAAGACGUAUCCCGACGACCGUCCGCACGCCAGCUUCACAUUCGAGAGCGGUUUCUUAUCACCAAUGUCUUUCGUAUCCAACAAAUGUCGAGACCUGAAAUUGAGGCUGGAAGCGUUGGAGUUUAUGGUUGAGCUCGCCGCGCCGAAAGAAGGCUUUACAGACGUUGGCACCUUGUACAGGAUCGGCCGGCGAAGCAUCGAGGUCGAACAUGGGAUAUCUUUGAUCGACGGCACGAUUGAAAAGGAUCCAGUCGCGCUCGCGAAGUUCUCCUUCCCUCCUGAAGAGAACAGGAUGUUUGCCGCACCAAUAGAUCACGAGUUGUACGUGAUCAAGAAUGAGGAUGGAACAACUACGUACCGGAGAAAUGUGUCAUUUUUGAGGAGAGACGCCGAGGGAACGGUCAGUUCCAGGCAGGAGUACAUCACGGAUCAGAUAUCGGGAAUGGUAUCGCAAAAUGUACCAUGUAUGAGGUGUGCAAAGUCUAUGUAG